AAAAACCACAUCAUUUCCAUGUGUAUAACGUAAUUUCAGGAUCAUGAUAUCAAAUAUUGUCUAAGCGCAGCAAGUCAUUAUUAUAUUUUAUCUAAUUAAUAUAAUAUAUAAAUGAAUUAUACAAUUAUCAGUUGGUGAAUUGGCUGGCAAAUUGUGUAUCAAGAGACAACAAUAAACAUCCAAGACGAAGACCUUAAUAGAAAAAAUGAAACCAUGUGAUACCUCAUUUAUUCUAAGAUUCCUUUUGUCUUCUCUAACUUUGAUAUAUAUAGAUGCAAAAGGAGAAAGUAGAAUUCAUUCCUCAAAAUACCAAAACUUUAUUUCACAAAAGGUUCUUCACCUUUAAACAAAACUAAGAAAAAGAACUAGAAAUGGCAUCUUACCACACUCGAUCUUUCAGUUUUCCCUCAAAUUCUCACCCGGUUGCUGAUCAUUUAAACGAUCAAUUAUGUAGAUUAAGGUCAUCUCAAGGUGCCUCAAGUUCAUCGAUGACCAACAAACUUACUGGCCUUAAAGAUUUAUACAAGUGUGUUGAUGAGUUUCUCCAGCUCCCUCAAUCUCAAAGCCAAAAAGGUGUUGAUGAGGUUUUGGAUGGAUUUCUAAGAUUGAUCGAUAUUUGUGCCACAUCUCUGGAUGUCUUGGUACAAUCAAAGGAACGACUUCUUGACAUACAAUCAGUUCUCCAAAGAAGAUACAAUGGUGGACUUAACUUUACCAAUGAAUUUUCCGAGUACAUUAAAACCCGAAAAAUAGUUAAGAAGGUAGUAAAGAAGUGCUUGAAAGACAUUCAGGAAGUAGCCAAGAUUAAUGAAGCUAAUGCUACAGAAAGCAAGUUGAAAGAUGUUCAAUUAGUGACAGUUGAUGCCCUCAAGUCAUUGUUGUCAUACAUUGGUGGAUCACAAAAAAGUAACUGGUCUUUCUCUAAACUUGUGCACGCCAACAAAGCUCAGAAGGAAACAAAAUCCAUCAGUGCAUUUGAUGCAAUUGAUUCUACUGUUGAAUUGUCACAACUUAUCAAAUUAGAGUCUGAAAUUCAAGUUAUUGAACAGGAUUUAGAAUGGUUGUUUAGGCAUUUGGUCAAGACCAGAGCAACUCUACUGAAUGUGGUCAGUAACUAGGAAAAAUGUUCAAUAUUGUAAAUAAAUUUUUGAUCUGUAAAUGGAAGUUCUAUACAAAUGAAUAUACAAUUUUCUCUAAUUUAUGUCCUUGCCUACAUUCUACUAUCUAAUACUAUACUCCUUAAUUUCUUAAAUACUUGGAACAAUAAGGGACAUAAAAGCUGACUACUAGAGUAGUUUACAAUAAGCAACAAAAUGACAGAUUAUUAUGUUUCUGGUUCAAUCCUUAAGCAAUUUUCUGAUUUCUAAAAUUAAAAAUUUUAAAAUUUACAAAAUAGUAAUGCUUAAGAUAAAGUUUUACGGAGCUAGGUGAAAAACAGGAUGAAGUUUCUUCAAUAUGUUCCAUCUGACAACACAGCCGUAAGCUGAAUACUAAUUUUUAAAACAUACUUAUUAUAUGUUAUAUACUUGCUUAUAUUCCACUUAUCUUCUGGAAGGUAGCAGCCAGUAAUUAAAUAUAAAUAAAA